CUCAAUGGACUCGCGUGAUUCAAAGUCUCCAGAUGUUGAGUGGAAGGAGUCACGCCGGGAGCAGACAGGAACGCCAACUCCAGUCGAAGAUGAGGAUGAUAUUAUGCUCCAGGCUAUGGGUGUUUGCGAUGGAUUUAGACCAAACGCGGUAACCUCAACAGCGUCAUUCGCGGACAGGAAUUUAGUGGUAUCUUACUUGAGCGAUGGAGAUCCCAUUCCGUCGAUGCCGGUAGAUCGGAACCUGACAGUAUCGCCGCUGAGUCGACAAUCGAGUAUCUCAAAACCACCACCAGACGACCCAUACGCAAGAGAACAUGCAUUUGGCAGCGAGGGCCUACAUCCGUUCCACAACGCAAGACCGUCAUAUCCGCUCUCUCGUCAGGUUAGCUCAGCAACCUCGAUAUCUACCACAUCAUCGGCUUUCACCGACGCUGCGCCUGUACUUGUGCGGGAACAGUCAUAUCAGGGCCCAUCUGGUCCGUCGCAUCCUUACACAUUGUACCGGCAAGACAUUGGCCUCAACCGAUCCCUGAGCGUAAACACCACAUCAACAGCUAGGCCAUCGGCAGAGCAGCCCUUCGUGCGCCCUAUAGGUCCAGGGAAUCCUUAUGGUCUAUACGCCCAAAACACUGGUGGUAUUGGUCAGAUCAUCUCUGGGCCUGGUCUGGCAGGAGGGAUUCCUGGAUUUCCAGGUGUUGCUACGGACAGUUACAGACGAAGAUUGGGGCCUGACGGUGAGGAAAUCGGUGGCUUGAUCGGCCCUCACGGACACACAGAGGAGCUUCCACCAUAUACAAGAUACCCCGAUGAGCAGUACGCUCGCAAAGUGAGGGAUGCAGAGGCUCUCAGUUCACUAUCGUCACCACCCCCGUCAACCCAACCGCAAGUUUAUCAGCAGCGACGACCGGAUAACUUGGUGCAGGCACCGCUACCGAUCCCCGGUGCUGGCGGAAUGGGCAUAGCAGCGAGAAACCCAGAAUUCGAUUCGAUAGACGAUCUCACCUCGCCACACCUUCGCCACUCCUCGGGAAGUUAUCUAUCAGCGACAAACCUCAGUCAGCACAACAUAAACACCGCGGCCGCCGCAAUCGUGUUGGAAAAUGAGAAACCUGCGAAGCGGUGGCGGGCAGCGGGAAAACGAAGGCUUUGCGGCAUGAUUCCAUACUGGGUUGUUCUUCUGGCUCUCACCGGGCUUCUUGUCAUGGGGAUAAUACUAGGCGCCGUCGUUGGAACCGUUGUUGCCAGACGAGAGCGAGACAGAGAAUCACCGGGAGGGCCGUCGCCAGACACUCCACCUUUGUACGACGCCGCACCGAUACCCAAACCAAAAGACCUACCCGACCUACCCGAGGGCAGGUUUGGAAUGCCUCUUGUUAUCAGACAGCAACCAAACAUUUGUUUCAACGACACGACACAUGCCCCAGCCUGGUCUUGCAGCAUUAUAUUCGGACUUGGCGCCGCCAUGACCAUGGACGUAAGGAAGGAAUCCGACAAAUACAGCGUAUCGAUCGGGGCCAACGAGACCUUGACCAUUAACAACGGGCUCUAUGCGUAUGGUACACAGCCUCAGGUUAUCCAGGGAACUCAUAUCCUACAGACCGUCAAUGACCUGCUUGAGCCGAGCCGAGGCCCAGCUUGGUUCAAGAUGCUGCCAUUCAACAAGACUGUCAUAGUUCCCGAGGGCAUGCUUUCAGCCACGUCGCCAAACUCGGCAGCUAGAUUCCGCCGGGCACUGAACCCGCCGGUUUUUGGACCUAACGACUUCAGGCACAAGUGGGCUGCUCAGCCUGGCGACAAGCCAUGGAUCUGCACCUGGCCCGACACCCUGCUCGAGAUAUUCAUAUACCCCAACCAGAGUACCACCCCGACACGAAUAGGCGACAGGGCAUCCAGCAUAGCCGCAGGGGCCCCCACGCCAACCCUUCCGACGCUCACUCGAGCAGCACCGUUUCCAUUUUUGACUGGGACAGCAGUUCCGACUGGUGUUUUCUCUGACCUCUUUGGCGCUACCGAUCGCUUCCCACUCCCGACUCCCGUCCCGACGCCAACCAUCACGCCCGGUGAUGCUUCUGAGUUCGGCUCGGUGCUGCCGGAAUACCCGAAGGUGGUCAAGCUCGAGGAGCGGCGCGUUCAAAACUCGCCUCGGCCUGUCUGUCGACAAGUCUUGAUUGAGAAUGGCGGCACAGCCAAGCCGGUCAUGGCCAAUGGGAAGCCUGUGGAGAUCACCAUCCAAGAGCAGGGGAACAGCCCACCGCUGACAAAGCGUAGUGAGAAGGAGGAGGAGGAGGAGGAGGAGGAGGAAUACCCAGAAGACGAAUCGCACCAGAUCGUUCGCAGAGAUCCGGCCGACAUAAGCGACUGUGGAUGCGUAUGGUUUAUGACCUAAUUUCGCUUGCUUUUUUGUGUCGUUUUGUUACUAUAUAUCCUCGGAUGAGCCUCAGACUGUGACUGCCCAUCAUCGUUCCCGUUGUUUCUUUUCAUAUCUCGGAGCAAAAUAUGCGAUCGUCGUCAA